GUGGAAGUGAGAAGCCUAGAUAUCUGUUGCAAAGGAAACAUCCCCAUAUACGGAUUUCAAAAGUCUUUGUAAUUUGCAUUGGAUGAAACAUCCUUGGAGAGAUUGGUCAUCAGCUGUGAGCCAGAUGGAAACUCCUUGUUCAGAGGCAAGGCGGCUUGGAAGGCCAGAUUCUGAGGACACACAACAGCGGGUGCCUGCCACCUUCAUGCCCUGCUGAACUAGCCACAUCCAACCGCUGACAUGGCCAUCCUGAUGGACAUCUGCCUGCUUGUUAUGCUGAUGGUGCCCUUGUGCGCCUCAAGAUCCAUACACAAAGCAGGGCUUGAAGACAACGGUGGCAGCGGAGAGAGCGAGGGGGCAUCCUCCAUCCCACCCUCUGCAAGCGUGACACUAGGUGCAAACCCCACCUUGAAUGACCUCAUUGUGAAUGGGACUUCAACAUCCCUCAACAUAUUGGACGGGAUUGUCGACUUCUUCCAGAAGUACAUGCUCUUGAUCAUUGUGGUCGGCUCCUUGGUCUUCCUCUUCCUUUUCAUUGUGUGUGCCGCCGUCAUCGUCCGGCAGAAACACAAGGCUUCGGCCUACUAUCCAUCAUCUUUUCCAAAGAAGAAGUACGUGGACCAGAACGACAAGUCAGGAGGCGCCAAGGCCUUCAGCGAAGUGCCAGAGAAGCUGUCGGAUGCCGACCAGGAAGAGCCCGUUGACUCCACCAAGCAGCUGCAGGCGGAUAUUUUAGCUGCUGCACAGAACCUCAAAUCCCCAGCCAAGGCUGUCACGAUGAACGGGGAGAGUGCCAAAAUGGAGGACAGGGCAACCAACGUCAAGGAGGAAGGGACAAAGGUGAUGGAAGAGGCUGAGAAGGAAGAGAAAGCCACUCCAGAAGAACAGGAUGGUCCAGCAGAGGAGGCUGAGACUCCAGCCCUGCCAAACUCGGUAGAUGCGGAAAUCAAUGGUGAAGAUGUGAAGGAUCAACAGGUGGAAGAAGAAACUCACCCAGCAUCUCCAGAAGAGCCCAAGGAAUCGCCAGGGACUGAUAAUUCCACAGGACAAGUCUCAGAAAGUGAGGCAGAUGAGCCGGGGGCUGCACCCCCUGAUAGUACUUGCACCCCAGGAGACUAGGACACAGGGACUCCAUUGCUUGGCUUUCCACCCUUGGCUAUCGUGUUGAAAAGCUGAUCAUACUGAACCUGUGAUGGACUUUACUUUUACUCUGUGGGCAACACCAGGCCCUUCAGUAUCUGACGUUUCCCACCUCCAUUUUAGAGAUGCCCCAUUAGAAGUAGCAUACUGAGGUUUGCCUUAACAUUGAAUGACUUAGCCACUCUCCUCUGACGCAAGUACAAGGUGUUAUUUAGUAGGUGAGGAUGACUGGAGGAGAUCCAGCACUGAGCACUGACUGAGAUCCAAAUAUAGGACUGAAACCACUGUUGGGUUUAAACCUAUUUUGAAACAGGUUUUUGUGAAUAGAUAUGGUAGAACCUGUGGUUCAAGCCCAGUUCUGGAUGAGGCUUUUUUUAGCAGUCCCCAAUAAUAGUAGCUGCCUACCCAAUCCCCACUUUCCAGGUGAGUGCCUGGCUGCUCCAUAUUCUAUACUCUCCCUGGGAUCAGUAGCCCAUUCUGGUUUUCUGCCAAAGCUGAAUUUACACAGUGCUGAUUGGCUGGCCUUUUGGGUAAUCAUGAAGCCAAUCGCUCCUUUUGAAGCAAGGCUGUGCAACAUGCCCAUUGGCCAGCCUUUGGGUCAAUUACAAAGCCACCACACCCGCCUUUUUUGGAAGUAGGACUUAGCACAGGACUUAGAACUGAUUGGUCAGCCCUUCGUGUCAAUCACAAAGCCACCUCACUCUUACUUGGAGCCUUUUUUCAGGUGCUGAACAAAUUGUUGAUAAAAGAACAAUGCAUGAUGCUUAAAAAUGUGGCUGGCAAAAUGACAAUCUGGAUUCAAUCUGAAGCUGAGUAUAUGUGCCCUUUGCGGAGUGAAGGUGCAUAGGUGGAAGCACAGCUCACCUCUCAGGAAAAAUCUCUGCCACUGUUUACAAGCCUGUGGCCUGACAAUCUUUGCUAGAGGUUCUUGGUCCAAGAUUCAGUCCUGAAAUUUCAGGGCAGCUCUGCUCCCCAGAUCUCUCCUGGAUAUUUUUUCGUGAUGUUAGGUUUUAAAUUUAACUCCCAUCCACGUGACACAGAAACCUCAGUUGGACUUGAUAAUGGAUGCCACUUCUGACACCAGCCAGGGAGACACCAACUUUGACACCACAGGUGCCUUCGUGGUCAAUUUCAGUGCUCAAACAAUCCUACAGAAGAUCCUUGCUCAAGAGAAUGGGCUCGGAUCUGGGAUGUGCCCAGCUGAUGGACUGGCAUGCUUAAAGUUUCACAAACAUCCAGGCAUUUAUAUUAUUACAAGAAUUUUGGGGUGGAGAGGACAUCCAUCACGUGUGAGAGAAGCACACCAGAACUGGCCGUUCACGCCACUUGAACCCUGAAGCAUUUGUAUCAUCAGCAAAGGAUCUUAAGAUAAUUUUGAAUUUAUAAUAUCUGUGGAAACAGCAUAUAUCUGGGAAACUCAAAAAAUCUGCCUAAAACGCCAGUAAUGUUGGCUGGACAUUUUUACUCUUUCUACCAGCUCUGACGGGGUUCGGGGGAGGGAAACUAAUUUGUUUUAAAACUCACUUUUGUACUUUUGUGAAGGACUUUUGAGUGGCUUUGUUGUUUCCACUUGGGAUUCUGAGACAUUUUCUUCUCUGGCCUGCUCAGGAAAGAGAGGAAUACUUUUAGCAAACAUUACAGCUGGACCAAGAAACUCUUUAUCUUUACAUGUGACAAGCCUUGAAGAAUUUGAGCGGAGGGUUUUAUUGGGGGACGACCAUUUUCGCCAAGCUUCUUCACAAAGGUUCUGAUAAUAUUUAUGACUCUGGCCAUUCCUCAGAACACAAGAUAAUAGGGAAGCCCUCUCUGAAGUCAACAAAAGCCAACAAAAAAACAUUGAUGGUUAUGCUCUCUUUAAGAACAGGGAUUUGUGGGGCCCUCAUUUUCGGCUGUGGCUGUGUGCCAUGGAGGGGCUUGGGGAACUAGGUUGGGAUCAUGGAAUUGUAAAGUUGGAAGGGACCCCCAAGGGCCAUCUAGUCCAACCCCCUGCAAUGCAUUAGUGCUGCUUGCCCUGCCCGCUUUCUGGCUGGCUGCGUCCAGCCUCCACUUAAAUUUCCCAAUAUGCUUCCAAAUACCAGGUGCUGGAAGCCACCAAAGAGGCGUGUGCUCUUGUGAGGGGCCAGAGGUCCUUGGCUGAUUAAGACUCUGGGGGUCAAGGGCUACAGGGCCUCAACCAGGAACCUCGUGGCCUAGAGUUACUUGGGCAGAAACAAUGAUUUAUCUGGAAGUGCCCGUUCUCUCUGAUGGAAAAAGCAACUCUCCCCUUCAGUGGUUAUGCCAUGUUCUGAAAAACAUUUUGUUUAAAACCACACAGGGUAAAAAAGGGCCAAGGCUACUUACUGCACAGAGUUUGGGGCCCUUUUGCAAAGCUACUUUGGCAUUAAGUGUGGAAGGGGAAUGACGACCAGUACAGGGAUUCCUAAGAAUGGCUUCCACCAAAGCGACUCUCUUGGACUCUUCCAUGGAAAAUGUUGGCAGGCUUCGCAAAACAGUAUUCGGUCCCUGGGCAACCACCGCAGCAUAUCUGAAAUCAUUGCCAUCUCGUCCGGAAGUCACAGCAGCUGCCCAAAGAGAUUCAGAGAAAUAAACCAGAGGGGUUAUCUCUGCAUUUUUAUAAACUGAAAUCUAACCAAUUACUUAAGAAAUAACCUGAAUAUUAAACAAAUUAGUUAAGUAAAGUUGCAGACUGCAAUGUAUAUUCCCUGCCCCUCCUUUCGCAACCUCUUUAAACCUUCAGUUACCCAAGCACACAAAUAUACAUUCCUAUGCAGACCUAUGUUCCAUUUUUCAGUUACCGGUAUUUGUUUUUUUCUGUGUGCUGCUCUGUGGUAAACUGCUUUUGAAACAGAA